AUGCUCCGAAACCUCGCUACCGUGACCACGUGCCUCACCCUCACCUCCGCUGUCCCCUUCUUCCCACAACUCCAACCCCGCCAGAACGAGAACCAACAAUCAUAUCCCGACAACGGCACCCUAGAUGACGCACCCAACGUCACAGCCCUGACCCGGCCCAACCCAUCAUACACCCAAGACCAACUCACCCAGAUCAAGCUCGCCUACACCGCCACCGAGCGCAUGACAUUACUGAAGUCGUACGGCGACCCCAACGACUACUUCAAGUUCGACCUCACUCCGAAUGGCUCAGCAUCAAACGCCGCCAACGGUCUCGGCGGGCAGGGCUAUCUCGCUCAUGUGGGCAACUACCCAGUCCUGAUGGGCACCGGCUUGUCAGUAGCCAUCGGCUACCUCAAUCCCUGCGGUCUCGACAGCAUGCACAUCCACAAUCGUGCAACCGAGAUGGUCACCCUCGUCGCCGGCACUUCCCUCAAGACUGGCUUCGUGCUGGAAGACGGCUUCGACCUCCCAAUCUACACCGAAAUCGGCCUCUACCAAGGCACCAUCCGCCCCCAAGGCAGCAUCCACUGGGAAUUCAACGACAACUGCGAGCCCGCCGUCUUCGUUGCCUCCCUCAGCAACGAAGAUCCCGGCGUCUCCCGCACAGCACAAAACUUCUUCAUCAACAACGCCACAGUCGGCGCAGCUGCCGGCGGCGUUUGCGCAGGGGGCGAAGGAGUGUUAUAG